AUGCACAUAGCGUUUGAAGAAAACAAUAAAAGAGAAAGCAACGUUUUAAACACUGCUAAACCAACUACUUGCAAAGAAGCAAUCCAAAAAUGGGAAGAAAAAAAUGGAAAAUCUGCGAGGGAAGAAAAAGAAAUCGUUUUAAGCUUUCAGUGGCUACCAAUUGAAAAAAUGGACAACAGUUUAUCAACCUUGGAAAAAGUCGAGAAGUUAUCAUUGUCAACGAACAUGAUUGAGAAAAUAUCCGGCAUAAAUGCUUUGAAAAAUUUGAAGAUCUUAUCACUGAGCCGAAAUAACAUAAAAACAUUUUCUGGAUUGGAGGCCGUUGGUGAUCACUUGGAAGAGCUUUGGAUUUCUUACAACUUGAUCGAAAAAAUUAAAGGUGUGAGUGCACUGAAAGCUUUGAAAGUGCUGUACAUGGGAAAUAAUUUAGUCAAAGAUUGGUCAGAAUUCAAUAGAUUGCAAGAAAUACCUAAUUUGCAAGAUUUACUCUUUGUUAAUAAUCCUUUGUGUGAAAACAUGGAUCCAGACGUUUGGCGUACUAGCGCUACGAAAAAACUGCCUAACUUAAAAAAAUUAGAUUCUGUCCCUGUUGUGUGA